AUGCGCUCCCCUCAGUCUUCAGGAAAUCAAACACUCCUCCAGAGCAAAUGCGCUCCCCUCAGCGCACCCAACUGCUCGACUUCUUCAGGAUGUAGUGUGUUGCACCCAACUGCUCGACUUCUUCAGGAAAAUGAAGGCCAUAAUCAGAAGAGAAUUCCAGACCUCAAGGUGCAACGAACUUAUAGGAGAGACCGACCUCAAUGUGCAACGAAAUUAAAGCUCGAACAAAGGAGAAACAGUGGCACUCUCCGACAUAGCCGACUGGAAGAGAAUUCAAGACCUCAAGGUGCAACGAACUCAAAGCUCGAACAAGGGAGAAAUAGUGGACAGUGGCACUCUCCGAAAUAG